AUGCCGCAACCAUUGAACUCCAAGGAUGCGUCCCUGUUUCGGCAGGUGGUCCGCAACUUCGAGAUGAAGCAGUACAAGAAAGGCAUAAAGGCGGCCGAGCAGGUUCUGAAGAAGAACCCCAAACAUGGCGAUACGCAGGCAAUGAAGGCCCUGAUUAUGAGCCAUCUGGGUCAGCCGGAGGAGGCCUUUGCUCUAGCCAAGGAGGCCCUGCGCAACGACAUGAAGUCGCAUAUCACCUGGCACGUCUAUGGCUUGCUAUACCGCGCCGAGAAGAACUACGAGGAGGCCAUCAAGGCCUACCGAUUUGCCCUGCGCCUCGAGCCCGAGUCUCAGCCCAUCCAGCGCGACCUGGCCCUGCUCCAGAUGCAGAUGCGCGACUACCAGGGAUACAUCCAGAGCCGCAGCACCAUGCUGCAGGCUCGUCCGGGAUUCCGCCAGAAUUGGACCGCGCUAGCCAUUGCGCACCACCUGGCCGGGGAUCUGGAGGAGGCCCAGAAGGUUUUGACGACGUAUGAGGACACCCUCAAGGAAACGCAGCCGGUCGCCGACAUGGAGAACUCCGAGGCGGUCCUGUACAAGAACACAAUUAUUGCCGAGUCUGGGAACCUCGAGAAGGCUUUGGAACACCUUGAGGAGGUCGGCUACCGGUGUACCGAUGUGCUUGCGGUCAUGGAGAUGAAGGCGGACUACCUCCUGCGGCUAAACCGCAAGGCGGAGGCGGAGGCAGCAUACACUGCUCUUCUGGAACGGAAUCCGGAGAACUCUAUCUAUUACAAUGGCCUGAUCAAGGCCAAGGGGAUCUCGGAGGACGACCACAAGGCAUUAAAGGCCCUCUACGACGAGUGGGUGGAGAAGUACCCUCGCGGCGACGCCGCUCGGCGCAUUCCGCUGGACUUCUUGCAAGGCGAGGAGUUCAAGCAGGCGGCCGAUGCAUACAUGCAGCGCAUGCUUAAGAAGGGCGUGCCAUCGCUUUUCGCAAACAUCAAGCACCUUUACACCAACCCAACUAAACGCGACAUGGUGCCGACACUGGUGGAGGGAUAUGUCUCCGGCAAGGCUCCCCAGUCCAAUGGCUCCGCAGAAUCGAAUGGCGACAACAACGAGUUUAUGUCCUCAAGCUAUUAUUUCCUGGCUCAACACUACAACUACUACCUCAGUCGCGAUCUGCCCAAGGCAAUGGAGUACGUCGACAAGGCCAUUGAACUCUCGCCAAAGGCUGUGGAAUAUCAAAUGACCAAGGCGCGCAUCUGGAAGCACUAUGGUAAUCCAGAGAAGGCAGCAGAGGAAAUGGAGAAGGCCAGGCUGUUGGACGACAGGGACCGGUAUAUCAACUCCAAGGCAGCCAAGUACCAGCUCCGUAACAACGAAAACGACAAGGCACUGGACAACAUGAGCAAGUUCACGCGUAACGAGACCGUCGGUGGCCCGCUGGGCGAUCUUCACGAAAUGCAGUGCGUGUGGUUCCUGACCGAGGACGGAGAGGCCUUCCUGCGACAGAAGAAGCUGGGCCUCGCGCUCAAGCGUUUCCACUCGGUCUACAACAUCUUCGAGACAUGGCAAGAAGACCAGUUCGACUUCCACAGCUUUUCCCUGCGCAAGGGUAUGAUCCGGGCCUACGUGGAUAUGGUGCGCUGGGAAGAUCGUCUGCGUGAGCACCCAUUUUACGCAAGGAUGGCCCUGUCUGCCGUCAAGGCGUAUCUGCUCCUGCACGACCAGCCGGAUCUUGCUCACGGACCCAUCCCGAGCGGAUCCAAUGGACUUGAUGCCAGCGAUGAAUCAGAACGGAAGAAGGCCCUCAAGAAAGCCAAGAAGGAGCAACAGCGCCUGGAGAAAAUUGAGGCUGACAAGCGCGAGGCCCGGAAAGCCGCGUCGGCUACUGCUAAGGGCGCCGACGGCGAGGUGAAGAAAGAGGACCAGGACCCACUCGGCAACACUCUGGUCCAGACCAAGGAGCCCCUGAAGGAUGUUCUGAAGUUCCUGAACCCAUUGCUGGAGCUCAGCUCCCAGAAUAUCGAGGCGCAAUGUCUUGGCUUCGAGGUCCAUUUCCGGAGAAACAAGCACCUGCUCGCGGUGAAAUGCCUCUCAGCCGCGCACGCCAUCGACCCUUCCAACCCAACCCUCCACCUCCAGCUUCUGCGCUUCCGCAAGGCCCUAGACAGCCUCUCGGAACCUCUCCCUUCGCAAGUCGCCGAGGUCGUCAACGCCGAGUUCGACAAACUGCUCCCGAAAUCCCAGAAUCUCGAGCAAUGGAACGAAUCCUUCCUUUCGUCCAAUAAGGGCAGCGCGGCACACGUGCAAGCCGCUCUGGACGGCCGCCAGAUUCUUAACCCGGCAUCCAAGGCCCAAUGCGAGCAAGAUCUGCUCUCUACCCUCGAUCUGCCGGGCAUCUCCAUCGACGAAGCUGUUACCGCGCUGGACCUGCUGAAUAAGUGGGAGAGCGAUAAGACGGCGUAUGCACAGAAGGCGAGCAAGAAGUGGCCCGAGUCUUCUGUCUUUCGGCUGGAGUAA